AUGAUGGGAAGAAUAAAGGAAUACAGUAGGAGAGGGAAAUUGAAUAUUUUCCUCUUCUUUAUAAAAACAGCUUUUUUUUUUGUUAUAUUUUCGGCACUAAAUUGUUCUAACCAAAGUAAAUAUGGUAAAGCGCCUGGUGAGAAAAAUGACUUUGGUGAUGACUUUGAAUUAAGGAGCAGGUCUUUAGCGUUGAAUCAUAGUAACCAUAGGGGGAAUCGCUUUCAUAGAACUCGUUUAGUGGAGCAAGUUAUACCUGCUGGUUAUAAGGAGUAUACUGAAAAUUAUGAAACGAAGCGUUUUAAAUUUAAGGAGAGGCUAGAUAGUGGAAAAAGAAGGUGUGAUGAAAAAUAUGAAGCAUCAGGAUAUGGAUUCAAGGAGGGGGGUCCCUAUGAAAUGCCUCGGGGAGUGCCUUAUAAAGGACCAAAUGUGAAGAGCUUCAGACACAAUUUUCCUAUGAGAAGGGAUUUUUAUGACGAUGGUGAAGGUUCAGGUUCUCUAAUGGACACGCUGCCAGGUUCUUUAAGAGCAUGUAACACAAUCAUUUACUCCCCAAAAAAGAAAAAUCGAAAGAAGUCAAAAGUCGAGGUAAAGGAAGAAGAGUCAAUAUAUCCUCUAAAGAAUAGUAUGUAUAGUGGAUUGAGGUUAUAUGACAAGGGUGAAGGAGGAGGUAAUUACAAUUUAAAGAAUGAGGUACAAGGGGGGUUAAGAAAGGGACGAAAAAGGGAAUAUUCAGGAGAAGCUGAACUGAAGAAUACGCCAGAAGGAGGACAAAGGGAAGUAGAAAGAGGGGAAAACUCACAGGAGAAUGCUAUGAAAAACACGCCCAAAAAAGGACUGAGGGAGGUAGAAAGGGGGGAAGAUUCACAAGAAGAUGAAAAAGAAAACAUGCUAAAAGAGGGACAAAAGGAUGAUCAAGAAAUAAGCCAUUUGAAAGAUACUCCCCCAACAGUUCACUACCCCACAGAGGAAGAUCCUGAAGAGCAGGACACACCAACGGAUACUCCACCAACCGUUCACUACCCCACAGAGGAAGAUCCUGAAGAGCAGGACACACCAACGGAUACUCCCCCAACAGUUCACUACCCCGCAGUAGAAGAUACCGAAGAACAGGACAAACCAACGGAUACUCCCCCAACAGUUCACUACCCCACAGUAGAAGGUACUGAAAAGCAGGACAAGCCAACGGAUCCCUCCACCACAGAUAAGACUCCAACUGUAACGGACGCUGAAAAACAGGACAAGCCAACGGAUCCCUCCACCACAGAUAAGACUCCAACUGUAACGGAAGCUGAAAAGGACAAAUCAACAUAUACUUAUGGAACGUUGAAGUAUCCAACUGUAACGGAAGCUGAAAAGGACAAGUCAACAUAUACUUAUGGAACGUUGAAGUAUCCAACUGUAACCGAAGCUGAAAAAGAGGACAAGCCAAAAUACACGUAUGGAACGUUGAAGUAUCCAACUGUAACGGAAGCUGAAAAACAAGACAAACCAAAAUACACGUAUGGAAAGUACACGUAUCCAACUGUAACGGAAGCUGAAAAACAAGACAAACCAAAAUACACGUAUGGAAAGUACACGUAUCCGACUGUAACGGACGCUGAAAAACAAGACAAGCCAAAAUACACGUAUGGAAAGUACACGUAUCCGACUGUAACGGACGCUGAAAAGAAGGACAAACCAACGGAUCCUGCCACCACAGAUAAGACUCCAACUGUAACAGACGCUGAAAAACAGGACAAGCCAACGGAUCCUUCCACCACAGAUAAGACUCCAACUGUAACGGACGCUGAAAAACAGGACAAGCCAACGGAUCCUUCCACCACAGAUAAGACUCCAACUGUAACGGACGCUGAAAAACAGGACAAGCCAACGGAUCCUUCCACCACAGAUAAAACUCCAACUGUAACGGAAGCUGAAAAGAAGGACAAGCCAACGGAUCCUUCCACCACAGAUAAGACUCCAACUGUAACGGAAGCUGAAAAGAAGGACAAGCCAACGGAUCCUUCCACCACAGAUAAAACUCCAACUGUAACGGAAGCUGAAAAGAAGGACAAGCCAACGGAUCCCUCCACCACAGAUAAAACUCCAACUGUAACGGAAGCUAAAAAGAAGGGCAAACCAACAGGUCCUUCCACCACAGAUAAGACUCCAACUGUAACGGAAGCUAAAAAGAAGGGCAAACCAACAGGUCCUUCCACCACGGAUAAGACUCCAACUGUAACGGAAGCUAAAAAGAAGGGCAAACCAACAGGUCCUUCCACCACAGAUAAGACACCAACUGUAACGGAAGCUAAAAAGAAGGGCAAACCAACAGGUCCUUCCACCACAGAUAAGACACCAACUGUAACGGAAGCUGAAAAGGACAAGUCAACAUAUACUUAUGGAACGUUGAAGUAUCCAACUGUAACGGAAGCUGAAAAACAAGACAAACCAAAAUACACGUAUGGAAAGUACACGUAUCCGACUGUAACGGACGCUGAAAAACAAGACAAGCCAAAAUACACGUAUGGAAAGUACACGUAUCCGACUGUAACGGACGCUGAAAAGGACAAGCCAACGGAUCCUGCCACCACAGAUAAGACUCCGACUGUAACGGACGCUGAAAAGAAGGACAAGCCAACGGAUCCCUCCACCACAGAUAAGACUCCAACUGUAACAGAAGCUGAAAAGAAGGACAAGCCAACGGAUCCCUCCACCACAGAUAAGACUCCAACUCUAACGGAAGCUGACACGAAAGACCCAUUUGCUUAUGCGUUGUGUAAGUACCAACAACCUGAGGUAAACGAAACUGAACAGAACAAUCCUCCGUCUUCUGCGUUGUGCAAAUACACUUGCCCUAAGGAAGAAAAGGACUCUCAAGAGGGGGAUAAAAGUGAACCAGCAGGAACAAAUGUUGAAUCAAGUGACAGUUCUCAUGUUAAGUUAGCAGGGGAAAAUAAGGAAAAACCGCUACCAGGCCUUUCUUCAAUUGAUAAGAGUCCUGUUGUAAAAGAACCUGGAGAAUUAGAAGGUGAACAUGAAGAGAAAGAAAGAAAAGAUGAGUUUGGAAAAUCGAAAGAUGAUUCUGCAGGUGAAAGUUCUCCAAAUGCUUUAGAAGAUGGAGAAAAGUCAGAUAGUUUAACGGAAUCCCCGGAAGAUGAUCCCGAAGACGAGAUAUAUACGGAAGGUCCAAUUUCUUCAUCAGAUAAAAAAGGCAAAAAAAAUAAAAAGAAGAACAAAAGGAGCUUGUUUUCUUGCCUAUGCUGCUGCCCUUUCAAAUGA